AUGCCCGAGGAGCAUCGUACCGAAGAGCUGGGAAUCAAGAACGUGAUGAACCUUGACAGAAGUACGCCUACGAAAAGGAAACGAACUACCCACGCCUGCGACUCGUGCAGGCAACGCAAGUCGCGCUGCAACGGCGCUCGACCAAUGUGCGAUGUGUGCCGCGGGAUGGGGUUCGAAUGCUAUUAUCAAGAGCCAGCCAAGGGCCGAGCUGGUGUGGUAGAUUCGCAUUCCUCCUCUUCGUUGCAAGGACGAGUUGAAGCCAUGGAAUCCCUCAUCCGACAGCUUCUGUCUAAAUUAAACCAAGGACAAUUGCCGGAUACUCCCGCGACGGACGUUGUGGGUACCACGGAGGCGCAGGUACUACUGGACAUGCAGCUGCCGAAGCUGCGUUUUUAUAACACGGAUAGCGUCGACGGAAUGUGUGCAAUUACGUUUGCUGGUGAAAAGUUUGCCGGAUACUUUGGGCCCACGUCCAGCUCGGCCUUUUUCAGUAGUAUUAUUGAAGCGACAAGGAAAAUUCAGUUUGGAGCAGGCCAGACUGUCAGGCGUGCGCAGGACAUCUCAAAGCCAUCCUCGCCUCCAGCCGAAGGACUCCAGGAGGGUGACAAUAAGGAGUCUACAACUCACGGCUCUGUGGAUCCUUUCUAUCUCCCGCCAAGCCCGGACGUAAUGAGCCUGGUGGACACAUUUUUUGCCAAUACGGGUAGACUGUUUCCAUACCUACCCUUAGCGACGAUCAUUGACUUCAACUCCAUCUCCAGGCCAGUAGACCCAUCCCGGGCCAAUCGAGCGCACCUGUGUGUAUUGAAUAUGGUGAUGGCGUUCGCCUCCAUUCACUCCCCAUCCAACUCGUCGAGCACCGUCGACAAACUAUCGCAGGGAAAUCUAUUUUUCCAUCGAGCUCUCUAUUUAUUAGUGGAAAUGCGACCCAGGGAUCCGACCCUGGAAUCAGUUCAGGCCGCGUUGUUAGUGGCCCAGUACGUGCAAGGGACGCAGCGCUCGGCUCUGACAUGGAGUAUCGCCAACUUCGCCAUACAAGACGCCCUUCAGAUCGGGCUCUGGAGGCAACCUACGGUUGACAGCCUGGAGAUGGGAUCAUUGGAAGCGGAAGUGCGCAAGCGCACCUGGUGGAUGUGCUACAUGAUGGACAAAAUGUGCAGUAUGACCUUUGGCCGCCCACCGCUGAUUCCCAAUAGUCAUAUGGAAUGUGAACUUCCUCUAGAUGUGCCUCUAGAGGCGCUCGCCGUUAGCUUGGAGCGUAGAAGCGCCAACAGUGCGGGCCCCACCGCGUCCGGAGCAAGGCUAUAUCUCGAGACAUCACCUUCGUCCAGGAAGCUCAAUAUCAUCCUAGGUCAAGUCAUAGAACAAUUAUAUGGAAGCAACAUGGAGCGGACCUCCCCAACUCCUCUCUCUAAGCAACUUCAUGUAGUCAUGGAUAUUGACCAGCAGAUAGCGGAGUGGAAGAUUGGCCUCCCUAUGGGUAUCGAAAUCCUAAACAGCGUUAACAUCACUAAGCUUGCCCUUGAUUCCAGCUCUGAGUUAUUGAGAUUCCGCGUGGUCUUGAGUCUUCGAUAUCACAGCUUGAACACCCUGCUACAUCGAAAAAUACUAGAAUGGCUCUUAGUCUGUCGUAGUUCGACAUUCUCCGAGCCUGGCGUGACAGAAUUCCUGUGGACUAUCAUAAAGGGUAGUGUCGAGGUGUGUAGCCAGUCCGCACGGGAUACAAUCUUCGUUAUUGCCAGCGUUGCUCAUCAUCACAUUUUGCUCCCCAUCUGGUGGUACUCCGUCUACUACGUGCUCAAUUCUGCCCUCGUUCUGUUCGCUACUUUUUUGCUACCAAUGCGCGGCUUCCCAGGGCGGCCGACGUGUACCAACAGUGAACUCCUAGACAGUCUGAAAACGGCUUACGACACGCUUGAGACCCUAGGGUCUAGUACCUGGAUCGUUAUUCGGAGCAGAAAGCUGCUGCACAAACUCUUGUCCAUCGUUGAGUCGUUUCAUCAGCGCCCAGAAGGUGCAGAGGGUGAUCUGGAAGACAUCCUCUCGACGCAGGUCCAACCAGGUGCUGCCGCUUUUCCCUUGUCUAUCUUCGACUGGAAUUCAUUACCGAUCGAUGAAGGAUUCCAGGUUAACCUUGAUUAUUUGGCUUUUAACAAUGGCACUGGACUAGAGAUGCCAUUCGGAAUUUAG